UACUAACCGGAUAUGAUGAGAGAAUAUUUUCUGGUGUCCUUUCGAAUCUGGUGAUAACAGGUUACUUGUUGAGAAAGACACUUGCCACUCCCCAUCGAACCAGUGAGUGGAUUCAGUCGGAGAGUCAUUUUCCUUCUGAAAAGAAGAAAUUCCUGUGACUGUCCAAUUGCUGAAUAACUUGAAGAGAUACUAGUCUGCGCAGUAUCCUUUCCCCUUUGGGAAGGAUGGCGGACACCGAACAUGAUUCUCCGAAUAGCGGAGGUGGUCAACAGCAUCAGCAACCUGCUCAAGCUGUGGCCGAAUUAAGCGAGUUUACUGCAUUUUUAGGACGGAUGGUCUCUGUUGUUUUUGAAGAUACUACAGCAUCUAUCACCGAAGCUUUUAAAAGGGCGUUGGUCGAUAAGACGAAUACAGACUGCAUUCGGAAGUUUUUGUCAGAUCCCCAAAUCCCCAUUUUGCUUGUGCAGAGAUCAUCACCAAAAGAUGAUUCUGAAGAUGUGGAAAGUGUAUCAGAAAGUGAAGAAGGUCCUGAAGGAGCAGUAUCUUACCUUAUAUCCUGUGAAAUGCAUUAUACCAGUUCAAAGAUGAGCAGCAUUAUUUUCAUUAAGAGAGGUCAAAUUGUUGAGCAGGACAAAAGUUUUCCUUCCCAGCUCCGUAUCAUGAACUUCAGUGAAGGAUCUCCUUAUGAAACUCUUCAUUCAUACAUCAGUCAUGCUGUUGGACCAUUUUUCAAGUCUUACAUCAAAGAAACUGGAAAGGCUGAAAGGGAUGGUGACAAAAUGGCUCCAACUGUGGAAAAAAAAAUUGCUGAACUUGAAAUGGGCUUGUUACAUUUGCAACAAAACAUCGAUAUUCCAGAAGUUAGUCUUCCUGUCCACCAAGCUGUUCAAAGUGUCAUAAAAAAAUGUUCAGAAGAAAACCGAAAGCCUAAAGUAGAAGAUUUUGGGAAUAAAGUUGAAGAUCCUCAAUUUCUCAAUGCCUUGCAAAGUGGUGUUAACCGAUGGAUUAGGGAAAUACAAAAGGUGACAAAACUGGAUCGAGAUCCUGCUUCUGGAACUGCAUUACAGGAAAUUAGCUUUUGGUUGAAUCUUGAAAGAGCAUUGCUUCGUAUUCAAGAAAAGAGAGAAAGUGUUGAAGUGGUCCUGACUUUGGAAAUCUUAAAACAUGGCAAGAGAUUUCAUGCAACAGUCAGUUUUGAUACUGAUACAGGUUUGAGGUCAGCCAUGGUCACAGUUAAUGACUAUAACCAACUCAUGAAAGAUUUUCCAUUGAAUGACUUGUUGGCGGCAACGGAGCUUGAUAGAAUUCGAGCUGCUUUACAAGCUAUUUUCAAUCAUUUAAAGAAAAUUCGACCAACAAAAUAUCCAAUCCAGAGAGCAUUAAGACUUGUUGAAGCAAUUUCAAGAGAUCUCAGUACACAGUUGUUGAAAGUUUUGGGAACUCGAAGACUCAUGCAUAUUCCUUAUGAUGAUUUUGAAAAGGUUAUGUCUGCUUGCUUUGAAGUAUUUAGUACUUGGGAUGAUGAAUAUGAUAAACUUCAAGGUCUGCUGCGAGACCAAGUGAAAAAGAAGAGAGAAGAACAUCUUCGCAUGGUGUGGAGAGUAAAUCCUGCUCACAAACGUCUCCAAAGUCGUCUUGAUCAGAUGCGAAGAUUCCGCCGCCAACAUGAACAACUACGUCAAGUGAUUUUGCGUGUGUUGCGGCCAUCUCCCAGUAAAGCUCGUGCUGGUACACCCUCAACUGAAGAACCUGAACCCCAGAUAGAACCAAUGGUAGAUGAAGCUGCUGAUGCAAAUGCUAUUGAGGAAGUAAACUUGGCUUAUGAAAACGUGAAAGAAGUUGAUGGCCUUGAUGUUUCCAAAGAUGGGACUGAUGCUUGGGAAGCUGCAAUCAAAAGAUAUGAUGAAAGAAUUGAUCGGGUUGAAACCAGAAUCACAGCAAAAUUAAGAGAUCAAUUGGGAACAGCUCGUAAUGCGAAUGAAAUGUUUCGCAUAUUCUCCAGAUUCAAUGCUCUUUUUAUUCGGCCCCACAUCAGAGGUGCCAUCAGAGAAUACCAGACACAACUCAUUCAAAGAGUUAAAGAUGACAUUGAAGCAUUGCAUGAAAAAUUCAAGGUCCAGUAUGCACAAAGCAAAGCUUGUCGUAUGAGUAAAGUAAGAGAUUUACCUCCUGUUUCUGGAUCCAUCAUAUGGGCUCGUCAGAUUGAACGACAGUUAAGUGCAUAUAUGAGACGUGUUGAAGAUGUUCUUGGCAAAGGAUGGGAAAAUCAUGUUGAAGGCCAAAAGUUGAAGGGAGAUGGUGAUAGCUUCAGAGCCAAGUUGAAUACUCAAGAACUGUUUGAAGAAUGGGGAAGAAAAGUUCAGCAACGACAGCUCAGUGUUUCUGGCCGUAUUUUUAGCAUUCAGAGUACCAAAUCAAGGCAAGUGGGGAAAGGAAAUGUAUUGAGGCUGGUCGUCAAUUUUCAGCCAGAGAUCAUCACUCUUUCCAAAGAGGUUCGCAAUUUACGAUGGCUGGGUUACAGAGUACCAUUGGCUAUUGUGAACAAAGCUCAUCAAGCUAAUCAACUUUAUCCAUUUGCUAUUUCUUUGAUUGAAAGUGUUCGUACUUACGAAAGGACUCUUGAGAAAGUUGAAGAAAGAUCUUCUAUCAUAUUGUUGGUAGCUGGAUUGAGAAGAGAAGUUCAAAACCUGAUUUCAGAGGGAGUUGCUUUAGUUUGGGAAUCCUACAAAUUGGAUCCUUAUGUUCAAAAGCUUGCUGAAACUGUGUUCAAUUUCCAAGAAAAGGUUGAUGACUUGCUUGCUAUUGAAGAGGAGAUCUCAAUGGAAGUUAAGUCUCUUGAAACCUGUGCCUAUCAAACCUCUACUUUUAGAGAGAUUUUAAGCAGAAUACAGAAAGCAGUAGAUAAUCUGAGUUUGCAUUCCUACUCCAAUUUACCUCAGUGGGUAGCAAAACUUGAUCAAGAAGUAUGUAUUUUCUUUCAUCAUGCUUUAGUACAUGAAUUGAGAAUCACAAACCAACUUAUCUAUGUCAACCCACCAGUAGAAGAUGCCAGAUAUCACAUCAUGCAAGAAUUGUUUGCUUGGGAAGCUAUUGUUACAAGUCUUCCUAGAAUUCAACAUUCUCGGUAUCAGGUGGGGCUUGAUGUGGAAUCAGAGCUAGAAACAACAUAUCGUAGUCUCUUGACAAAAAUGCCACAGCGAAAAUCUGUAUUAGAGGAUGCUUAUGAAGCAAUACAAGUUACAGUGAAAGAAUUCCAAGACUAUGUGGAAGUCUGGUUGCGUUACCAAGCAUUGUGGGAUCUAAAUGCUGAUACACUGUAUGGCCGGCUUGGAAAUAACCUUCAUGUAUGGAUGGCAACCCUUGAAGAAAUUAAACAGGUUCAGUCUAAAGUGACAUUGAAAUACGAUUCUUGGCACAAAGAAGUUCUUAGCAAGUUUGGAACACUUCUCAGUAAUGAAAUGAAGGACUUCCAUUCUUCAGUAUCCAAGUCUCGAACUGAACUUGAACAGCAAUCCAUUGAUACAGCCAAUACCUCUGAAGCUGUUGGUUUGAUAACUCAUGUACAAUCUCUGAAAAGGAAAAUGAAGUCUUGGGAAAAACAAGUUGCAAUGUAUAAAGAAGGACAGCGUAUUCUUGAACGUCAACGCUUCCAAUUUCCUCAAGCCUGGCUUUAUAGUGACAACAUUGAAGGUGAAUGGAGUGCAUUCACUGACAUCAUUAAACGAAAAGACUUUUCUAUCCAAACUCAAGUUGCAAGUCUGCAGAUGAAGAUUGUAUCAGAAGACAAAGUUGUAGAAAACAAAACUUCUGAUUUGAUGACUGACUGGGAGAAGGAGAAGCCAGUAGAAGGUGAUAUGAGACCAGAUGAAGCCUUAAAAGCUCUCACCAUAUUUGAAGGCAAAUUCACUCGUUUGAAAGAUGAAAGAGAUAAUGUUUCUCGUGCCAAAGAAGCCUUAGAACUUGCAGAACCAGGCCACGAAACUUUGAGUGAUGAGAAAAUGCGAGUGGCUUUUGAAGAAAUGCAAGAUUUGAAAGGUGUCUGGACAGAACUAUCAAAAAUAUGGGAGCAAAUUGAUGAUCUCAAAGAUAAACCGUGGCUUUCUGUUGCUCCUAGGAAGCUUCGUCAAAGUUUGGAUGGACUCUUAAACCAACUAAAAGAACUGCCAGCACGUCUGCGGGCUUAUGCAUCAUAUGAACAUGUGAAAAAAUUGUUGCAAAAUUAUGCUAAAGUCAACGUACUCGUUGUGGAACUGAAAUCUGAGGCUCUAAAAGAGCGCCACUGGAAACAACUAACACGUAGUUUGGGGGUCAGCUGGAUGUUAUCUGAGCUAACAUUAGGCCACGUUUGGGAUGUUGAUUUGAUGAAAAAUGAAGCUAUUGUACGUGAUAUUAUUAGUGUAGCUCAAGGUGAAAUGGCUUUGGAAGAAUUUUUGAAACAAGUGAGUGAAAUUUGGCGCAGCUAUGAACUGGAGUUAAUUAGCUACCAAAACAAAUGUCGCUUAAUCCGUGGCUGGGAUGAUUUGUUUACCAAAGUAAAAGAGCAUAUUAAUAGCGUCACUGCUAUGAAGCUUUCCCCUUACUUUAAACAAUUUGAAGAAGAUGCACUGUCAUGGGAAGAUAAACUAAACCGUAUCAAUGCCCUUUUUGAUGUAUGGAUUGAUGUCCAGAGGCGCUGGGUUUAUCUGGAAGGUAUUUUUACUGGCAGUGCUGACAUCAAACAUUUGUUGCCUGUGGAAACUACUAGAUUUCAGGGAGUGAGUACAGAGUUUCUUGGUUUGAUGAAAAAAGUAACCAAAUCUCCAUUGGUGAUGGAUAUUGUCAAUAUCCCUAAUGUACAACGGCAAUUAGAAAGGCUAGCCGACUUACUUGGAAAGAUUCAGAAAGCAUUAGGUGAAUACCUGGAACGAGAGAGAGCUUCUUUCCCACGUUUCUAUUUUGUUGGAGAUGAAGAUUUAUUGGAGAUUAUUGGCAACAGUAAAAAUGUUACACGCUUACAAAAGCAUUUCAAGAAAAUGUUUGCUGGUGUUGCUAGCAUCAUACUCAAUAAUGACAAUACAAUUGUAACAGGUCUUACUUCAAAAGAAGGAGAAGAGAUAAUAUUCUCAAAUCCUGUAUCAAUUGCUCAGCAUCCCAAGAUCAAUGACUGGCUCACUUUGGUUGAGAAAGAAAUGCGUGUAACUCUUGCUAAUCUUCUAGCAAAUGCUGUCCAACACAUUUAUUCUUUAAGAUCUGAACAGAUUGAUUCUGCUAAAUACUUAGAGUGGGUCGAUAAAUAUCAGGCCCAGCUAGUUGUUUUAGCAUCUCAAAUUACUUGGUCUGAAAGUGUUGAGACAGCACUUCAUGCUAUAUCCAACAAUGGGAAAAAUGACAUGAGUCCUUUGAAAAAUGUACUGGAGACUGUGCAGUCGACAUUAAAUGUUCUUGCUGACUCAGUAUUAUUGGAACAACCUCCUGUUCGACGAAAAAAACUGGAACAUUUGAUUACAGAAUUAGUUCAUCAACGUGAUAUCAUCAGAAACCUAAUCCAAAACCAAAUCAAUGGGCCAAAGUGCUUUAGCUGGUUAUGCCAAAUGCGUUUCUAUUUUGACCCCAAAAACACCGAAGUGUUGCAACAACUUUCCAUUCAAAUGGCUAAUGCUAAAUUCAACUAUGGCUUUGAAUAUUUAGGUGUCCAAGAUAAGCUUGUUCAAACUCCACUCACUGAUCGUUGUUAUUUAACAAUGACUCAGGCCUUAGAAGCACGUCUUGGAGGAUCUCCAUUUGGACCUGCUGGUACUGGUAAAACAGAAUCGGUUAAAGCUUUGGGACACCAGUUAGGACGUUUUGUACUUGUCUUUAAUUGUGAUGAAACAUUUGAUUUCCAAGCCAUGGGUCGUAUUUUUGUUGGAUUGUGUCAAGUUGGUGCUUGGGGAUGUUUUGAUGAAUUCAAUCGUCUUGAAGAAAGAAUGUUGUCUGCUGUAUCCCAACAAAUACAAACAAUUCAAGAAGCCCUCAAGGAACAUUCUAUAGUCUCAAAAGGGAAAAACACACAACUUUGUGUUGAGCUUAUUGGUAAGCAGGUACAUGUCAAUCCUGAUAUGGCUAUAUUUAUUACUAUGAAUCCUGAUUAUGCAGGAAGAUCUAACUUACCUGAUAAUUUGAAGAAGCUCUUCCGAAGUUUGGCUAUGACCAAACCUGACAGACAACUCAUUGCCCAGGUCAUGCUCUAUUCCCAAGGGUUCCGAAUGGCAGAAAAAUUGGCAAGCAAAAUAGUUCCCUUUUUCAUACUUUGUAAAGAACAACUCUCUCCACAAUCACAUUAUGAUUUUGGCCUACGUGCCCUGAAAAGUGUGUUGGUCAGUGCAGGAAAUGUGAAACGAGAACGUAUCAUGAAAGUGAAAGAUGAUCUCAAGAGUAGAGGAGAGGCAGUUGAUGAAGGAACAAUUGGUGAAAAUCUUCCAGAACAAGAGAUAUUAAUUCAAAGUGUGAUGGAAACCAUGGUACCAAAAUUAGUUGCUGAAGAUAUUCCUUUGCUCUACAGCUUACUGUCUGAUGUUUUCCCAGGAGUUUCUUAUACUCCUGCUGAAAUGAAAGCGCUAAGAGCAGAAGUGCGCAAAGUUUGUCAAGAAAUGUUCCUAACUUAUGGAGAGGGUGAUGAGCAAGGUGUGCAGUGGGUAGAAAAGGUUUUACAAUUGUACCAAAUAACUCAGCUACAUCAUGGUUUGAUGAUGGUUGGCCCCAGUGGAAGUGGCAAAUCUACUGCUUGGAGAGUCCUACUGAAAGCUUUGGAGAGACUUGAAGGAAUUGAAGGAGUUUCUUGUGUCAUUGAUCCAAAGUCUAUUUCUAAAGAUGCUCUUUAUGGUAAUCUGGACCCCAAUACAAGAGAAUGGACUGAUGGUUUAUUCACUCAUAUUCUUAGAAAGAUCAUUGAUAAUGUAAGAGGGGAAAUGAUGAAGAGGCAGUGGAUCGUCUUUGAUGGAGAUGUAGACCCUGAAUGGGUAGAAAAUUUAAAUUCAGUAUUGGAUGAAAACAAACUGCUCACACUACCAAAUGGUGAACGUCUAAGCAUUCCUCCAAAUGUAAGAAUCAUGUUUGAAGUUCAAGAUCUAAAAUAUGCUACUUUGGCUACUGUUAGCCGCUGUGGAAUGGUAUGGUUUAGUGAAGAUGUUUUAUCAACUGAAAUGAUAUUUGAUAAUUACUUGCAACAACUGCGAAAUGUUCCUGUUGAAGAGGGUGAAGAAGAUUACCAUUAUAAGAAAAAGGAAGAAGAAACUAUUAGUCCUACAUUGCAGCUACAAAGAGAUGCUGCUGCUAUAAUCUCUCCUUGCUUUUCUUCUGAUGGCCUUAUUAUUCGAUGCCUCGAAUACAGCCAUUCCUUGGACCAUAUCAUGGACUUCACUCGCCUACGAGCUCUUAAUGCUCUUUUCUCACUCAUCAAUCAAGGAAUUAGAAAUGUUCUGAAUUACAAUCAUAAUCAUCUUGACUUUCCAAUGCAGCAAGAUCAAUUGGAAAGAUAUGUAACAAAAUAUCUGAUCUACAGUCUUCUGUGGUCCAUGUCUGGUGACGGCCGACUGAAAAUACGACAAGAAUUGGGUGAAUUUAUCCGGGGUAUAACAACCAUUGCUCUUCCACCUUCAACAAAUUUACCUAUUAUUGACUAUGAGGUCUCUAUCUCAGGAGAAUGGGUACCGUGGCAAUCUAAAGUACCACAAAUUGAAGUUGAAACACACAAAGUUGCUGCUCCCGAUAUUGUCAUUCCAACUGUUGAUACUGUUCGUCACGAGUCCCUAUUGUAUACUUGGUUGGCAGAACAUAAACCUUUGGUUCUUUGUGGUCCCCCUGGUUCAGGAAAAACAAUGACACUCUUCAGUGCUUUACGUGCACUACCUGAUAUGGAAGUUGUUGGGUUGAACUUUUCAAGUGCAACCACUCCAGAAUUAUUAUUGAAAACCUUUGACCACUAUUGUGAGUACAGACGUACUCCAAAUGGCAUUGUUCUCUCACCUGUACAACUUAAUAAGUGGCUCGUUCUUUUCUGUGAUGAAAUCAAUUUACCAGAUAUGGAUGCUUAUGAUACUCAACGAGUUAUUUCAUUCUUGAGACAAAUGAUGGAACAUGGUGGAUUUUACCGUUCUACUGAUCAAGCUUGGGUGAAGUUUGAACGAAUCCAAUUUGUUGGGGCUUGUAAUCCCCCAACUGAUCCUGGCAGAAAACCUCUUUCACACCGAUUUUUGCGACAUGUACCAGUGGUAUAUGUUGAUUAUCCAGGAAAAGUGUCCCUUACCCAAAUUUAUGGCACCUUCAACAGAGCUAUGUUGCGUCUUGUACCAAGUCUCCGCACUUAUGCAGAACCUCUUACCAAUGCUAUGGUCGAGUUUUACCUUAAAUCACAAGAGAGAUUCACUCAAGACAUGCAACCACAUUACAUUUACAGUCCUCGUGAAAUGACAAGAUGGGUACGAGGAAUCUGUGAAGCUCUCAGACCUUUAGAAACACUAAGUGUUGAAGGAUUGGUGCGAAUGUGGGCACAUGAAGCUCUUAGACUUUUCCAAGAUCGAUUGGUAGAUGAUGACGAAAGAAAGUGGACUGAUGAAAAUGUGGAUGCUGUUGCUUUGAAACACUUCCCUAGUGUAAACAAAGAAGAAGUCCUUAAAAGGCCCAUUCUGUUCAGCAAUUGGCUAUCAAAAGACUAUAUUCCUGUGGAUAGAGAAGAACUUCGGGAUUAUGUCAAGGCUCGUCUGAAGGUAUUCUAUGAAGAAGAACUGGAUGUACCAUUGGUUUUGUUUGAUGAAGUACUUGAUCAUGUUUUGCGAAUUGACCGUAUCUUUAGACAACCUCAAGGUCAUUUGCUCUUAAUUGGUGUCAGUGGUGCUGGCAAAACAACAUUGUCUAGGUUUGUAGCCUGGAUGAAUGGGCUCAGUGUUUACCAAAUCAAAGUACACAAUAAAUAUAUGGCUAGCGACUUUGAUGAAGACUUGAGAGCUGUACUUCGGCGAGCUGGCUGCAAGGAUGAAAAAAUAGCAUUCCUCAUGGAUGAAUCUAAUGUAUUAGAUUCAAGCUUCUUGGAAAGAAUGAAUACACUCUUAGCCAACGGGGAAGUUCCUGGUUUGUUUGAAGGUGAUGAAUAUACUACAUUGAUGACACAGUGCAAAGAAGGAGCUCAGAGAGAAGGUCUUAUGUUGGAUUCAGGUGAAGAACUUUACAAGUGGUUUACACAGCAGGUCAUGAAAAAUUUGCAUGUUGUAUUCACAAUGAAUCCUUCUUCAGAAGGCUUAAAAGACAGAGCUUCAACAUCACCUGCUUUAUUCAACCGUUGUGUGUUGAAUUGGUUUGGAGAUUGGUCAGAUGGUGCACUUUAUCAAGUUGGAAGAGAAUUUACAAAUAAAAUUGACCUUGAAAAAUCAAAUUAUAUUGCUCCUGACUAUACUCCUAUUGUCUAUGAAGAAUUGGGAACUAACCCUACUCACAGAGAUGCUGUUGUCAAUGCUUUUGUAUUUGUGCAUCAAACACUGCAUCAAGCUAAUUCUCGAAUAACCAAGCGUGGAGGUCGUACUAUGGCCAUAACCCCAAGACAUUAUUUGGAUUUUAUUAAUCACUUUGUUAAACUGUAUCAAGAAAAACGGUCGGAUCUUGAAGAACAACAACUGCAUUUGAAUGUUGGUUUGCAGAAGAUUCGGGAAACUGUUGAGCAAGUAGAAGAGCUCCAGAAAUCGUUAUCAAUCAAAAGAAUCGAAUUGGAAGAGAAAAAUGCAGCUGCAAAUGCCAAAUUGAAACAAAUGGUGAAAGACCAACAAGAAGCUGAACGUAAAAAAGUCACAUCACAAGAAAUUCAACAAGCAGUUGUUGAACAAACUAAGAGAAUAAAAGAAAAACAACAGGACGUACGUGCAGAUUUAGAACAAGUAGAACCAGCUGUAAUUGAAGCUCAAAAUGCUGUGAAAUCUAUCCGAAGACAGCAUCUUGUUGAAGUGAGAUCACUUGCACAUCCACCCCCUGCAGUCCGUCUUGCUAUCGAGUCUAUAUGUGUGCUCCUUGGAGAGACUGAUCUUGAAUGGAAGUCUCUCAGAGGUAUAAUUAUGAAAGACAAUUUUAUACCUACCAUUGUCAACUUCAAGACUGAUGACAUUCCUGAUGAUAUUCGAACAAAAAUGAAGAACAAGUAUUUGAAUAACCCUGAGUAUAACUAUGAAAAAGUCACCAGGGCCAACUUCGCUUGUGGCCCUAUGGUGAAAUGGGCAAUCGCUUUGAUCAACUAUGCUGACAUGCUGAAACGCGUAGAACCUCUCAGAAAUGAAUUAAACGCUCUGGAAAACCAAGCUGAGGACAAUCGCACCAAAUACGAAGAAGUGAACUCCGUCAUUGUUCAACUUGAGAAAAGUAUUGCUAUGUAUAAAGAAGAAUAUGCUAUUCUUAUAAGCCAAGCUCAAGCUAUCAAAAGUGAUUUGGCAGCAGUAGAAGGCAAGGUUGAAAGAAGUGUUGCUUUAUUGAAAAGUCUUACAAAUGAGAAGCAGAGAUGGGAAGCAGGUAGUGAAACAUUCCGAAACCAGAUGGCCACUAUUAUUGGAGAUGUUUUGUUAUCUUCAGCUUUCAUGUCUUAUGCCGGUUAUUUUGACCAACAAAUGCGUCAGAACUUAUUUACUGCUUGGUCUAAUCAUUUACAACAAGCCAACAUCCAAUUUAGAACGGAUAUUGCUAGAACAGAGUAUUUGUCAAAUGCUGAUGAAAGACUUCGCUGGCAAGCUAAUAACUUACCUGCAGAUGAUCUAUGCACAGAAAAUGCUAUUAUGUUGAAGAGAUUUAAUCGAUAUCCACUAAUUAUCGACCCAUCUGGACAAGCAACAGAAUUUUUAAUGAAUGAAUACAAAGAGAGGAAAAUCACAAAAACAAGCUUUUUGGAUGAUGCAUUCCGUAAAAACCUUGAAAGUGCUCUUAGAUUCGGCAACCCCUUAUUGGUUCAGGAUGUUGAAAGUUAUGAUCCUAUAUUAAAUCCUGUGCUGAAUCGAGAAUUACGCAGAACUGGUGGCAGAGUAUUAAUUACUUUGGGUGAUCAAGAUAUUGAUUUAUCUCCUGCAUUUACCAUCUUUUUGUCUACACGAGAUCCUAACGUUGAAUUCCCUCCUGAUAUCUGCUCCAGGGUGACCUUUGUCAAUUUUACUGUAACACGGGGCAGUCUCCAGAGUCAAUGUUUGAAUCAAGUGUUGAAGGCUGAGAGACCUGAUGUUGAUGAGAAACGAUCAGAUUUACUCAAACUCCAAGGUGAAUUCCAGCUACGUUUGCGCCAACUGGAAAAAUCAUUGUUGCAAGCUCUCAAUGAUACCAAAGGAAAAAUUCUUGAUGAUGAUAGUAUUAUAUCACAUCUGGAAACCUUGAAAACUGAAGCAGCAGAAGUUGCGCGUAAAGUGGAAGAAACAGAUCAUGUUAUGGCAGAAGUGGAAACAGUAUCUCAACAAUACAUACCCCUUGCUCAGUCUUGCAGCAGCAUCUAUUUUACUUUGGAAGCUCUGCAGCAGGUCCACUUCCUGUACCAAUACUCAUUGCAGUUCUUUUUAGAUAUUUUCCAUUCUGUUCUUUACAACAAUUCUCAUCUUACUGGAGUGAAAGAGUAUGGUUCACGAUUAGCAAUUACAACAGCUGAUCUUUUCCAAGAAACUUAUAGCAGAGUUGGGAGAGGUAUGCUCCAUGAAGAUCGUAUUACAUUUGCUAUACAGUUAUGCAGGAUCCAUCUUCAAGGAUUGGCAAAUGAACCAAGUUAUGAUCAUGAAUUCAACUAUUUUAUGAGGGGAGAGGAAGGAAUUCUCACCAGCCAGUCACCAGAAAGCAUCAAAGGACUAUCUCCACAACAGGUCAUAAAUAUGAUGAGUCUAUCAAAGUUGGAAGCAUUCAAAGACAUCAAGUCAAAAGUUCAAAAGAACGAUUUCUUAGAAUGGCUGCAUAAUCCUACUCCAGAAACAAAUGUUCCUACAAUAUGGAAUGAAGAAAAACCACUCACUGACACUGGGAAAGUAGUGUUUUCUUUGUUGAUGAUCCGAGCAUUUAGACCAGAUCGUCUUGUGUCAAAUGUACGAAUGUUUGUAGAGAAAAUUCUUGGUGAAACAUUUGCUCAUACUGCAGAAAAAGAACUCAACCUGUCUGAAGUUGUUGAAAAUGAGGUUAAAUCGAGUACACCAGUACUAAUGUGUUCAAUGGCUGGAUUUGAUGCCAGUGGACGAGUUGAUGAUUUGGCAGCUGAACUCAAUAAGCAGAUAACUUCAAUUGCUAUCGGUUCUGCUGAAGGCUUUACUCAGGCUGACAAAGCAAUUAAUUCGGCUAGUAAAUCUGGACGAUGGGUAAUGCUAAAGAAUGUACAUUUGGCACCACAAUGGCUUGUUCAGCUAGAGAAGAAAUUGCACAAUUUAACUCCUCAUACUAAUUUCCGACUAUUUCUUACAAUGGAAAUUAAUCCUAAACUUCCAACCAAUUUGCUUCGUGCUGGUCGAGUGUUUGUUUUUGAACCUCCUCCUGGUAUUGCUGCUAAUUUGCUGCGUACAUUUUCAACUGUACCUGCAACUAGGAUGUGUCAGCCUCCUAACGAAAGAUCCCGAUUGUAUUUCUUACUUGCAUGGUUUCAUGCAAUUGUUCAAGAGCGUAUGCGUUAUGUACCACUUGGUUGGUCUAAGAAAUAUGAAUUUUCUGAAUCUGACCUGAAAGUUGCUUGUGAUAUGUUGGAUACUUGGAUUGACUCAGUUGCCAUGGGUCGUACCAAUUUACCGCCUGAAAAAGUUCCUUGGGACGCCAUGAGGACUCUUCUCUCCCAAUGCAUAUACGGUGGUAAAAUCGAUAAUGACUUUGAUCAGCGUCUUUUGACAUCCUUUGUGAAUAAAUUGUUUACACCAGAGAGCUUUGAUGCUGACUUUGUUUUGGUAAAUAAUGUUGAAGGUCAACAGGGCAAGAAUAUCAUUAUGCCAGAAGGUGUCAGAAGAGAGCAGUUCUUGCAGUUCACAAGCACUCUUACUGAUCGACAAUCUCCAACAUGGUUAGGUUUACCUAACAAUGCUGAACGAGUCUUAUUGACCAAAUUAGGCUCUGACAUGAUAGCCAAAUUAAUGAGAAUGCAGCUUUUGGAAGAUGAAGACCUAGCUGUUAAAACAUCAAUUGAACAAAAUGAGAAACGUUUAACUGAUGGGCGUCCUGCUUGGAUGAGAACUCUGCAAAAAUCUGUUUCUGGAUGGCUUCAGCUUGUGCCUAAGAGCCUUGGUUCCUUGAAAAGAACAAUGGAAAACAUUAAAGAUCCCUUGUUUAGAUUCUUUGAACGUGAAGUCAAUGCUGGAUGCCGUUUGCUCAGUGAUGUUCGUCAGGACCUAACUGAUAUUAUGAUGGUGUGUUCAGGAGAGAAGAAACCAACUAAUCAUCACCGCUCAAUGAUGGAUGACCUCAUUAAAGGUAUAAUUCCUAUAUCUUGGAGAAGAUACACUGUUCCCAGUGGUUUAACUGUCAUUCAGUGGAUUACAGAUUUUAGUGAGAGAGUGAAACAGCUUCACAAUAUUAUUACACAGACAAGUUCUGGUGGAGCUAAGGAACUAAAGAAUAUCAAUGUUUGGCUUGGUAAGCUUUUUAUCCCUGAGGCCUAUAUUACAGCAACACGCCAGUAUGUAGCACAAGCUAACAGUUGGUCUUUGGAAGAAUUACAUCUUGAUGUUUCAGUUUUGACUGGAAAAACACCACCUUCACCUGAUGAUUGCAGUUUUGCUUUAACAGGUUUGAAACUUCAAGGUGCUGUUUGUAAAGAAAACAAGCUUCACUUAUCCUCCACUAUUUCUACAGAUCUACCCAGUACUUUACUCCGUUGGGUCAAGAAAGAUGACACUUUUAAGAAAGAACACAGAGUUACUCUUCCUGUGUACCUGAAUGCAGCCCGAGUUCAGUUACUGUUCACUUUGGAAUUUGAAACUGAUGGAAGAACCACUGAACAUGAAUUUUAUGAGAGAGGUGUCGGUGUUAUUAGUUCUGAUUUAGCCUAAGCAAAGAAAACAACCAAAAGAGUUAUUCAUUACGAUAUUUCAUAUUGGUAAUACUAUAAUAUUUGUACUAGAACUGCACAAAGUUAUCAAUAAAGGUAUAUGCUUAUAAA